AUGCCGUUCGUACCAUAUGAAUGAUCUGCUCUGCCGAUUGUACCUAUCCACUUAUAAACAUAUCUGCAGUAUCCCAUGUGGAAUAAGUUUCAAUUUCAAAUUCCAAGUCAAUUCCACAAAACAUGUCUUCUACUGAUGAAGCAGAAGACGAAGGUGAAUGGUGCGAUUUUGCAGAUACAAAUGAUAGCAUAAAAAAUUGUGUUUGUUUAUUUUGUAGUCAUACUUCAUUAACAGCAGAAAAUACGUUUUUUCAUAUCAAAGAGAUACACAAAUUAGAUUUUAUCAGUUUGAUUAAAGCAAAUCAUAUUGAUUUUUACAAAUAUGUAAAACUCGUUAACUACAUUCGAUCAAAUAAAACUCAAGUUGAUUCCGUGCAUCAAUUAUCUUUUGAUCUCAUAUACACAGACGACAAGUGGUUUCAACCUGUUAUAGAGGAUGACUUAUUGCUACAAUUUGAUGUGGAUGAAAUAUUUUCCAAAACUGGCUCCCUUACUGAUUAUAAUUUAAAUUCUUUAAAUGAAUUAAACUUAAAAAAAAAGUUGGAUAUUACAGAGGAAAGAGCUUGUCUUGCAGAAGAAUUUUUGCUACGCACAAUUGAUGAUCUAAACAAAUGCAGAAAAGAAAUAAAUUUGAUGCUUCUUGAAAACCCUUCUCAACCCUGUAAGACAGUUACUGAAAAUGAUAGCAAUGGCUACUUUGGAUCUUAUGCUCAUUUUGGAAUUCAUGAAGAAAUGCUGAAAGAUAAAGUACGAACAGAAGCUUACAAAGAUUUUAUUUAUAAUAAUCCUAAAACAUUUUCAGGUGCCAAAGUGCUUGAUAUUGGUUGUGGAACUUCAAUAUUAUCAAUGUUUUCAGCAAAAGCUGGCGCACAUCAGGUUGUUGGAGUUGAUUAUUCUGAGGUAGCGUACCAAGCAAUGGAUAUUGUUAGAGAAAACCAUAUGGAAAAUUCUAUAACGAUUGUAAAAGGAAAAGCCGAGGACCUGAUUUUGGAUGAAAAAUUUGAUGUUAUUGUUUCUGAAUGGAUGGGGUACUUUCUUUUAUUUGAAAGCAUGCUGGAUACUGUUUUAUAUUGUCGUGACCAUUACUUGAAAGAAGGUGGAUGUGUGUAUCCAAACAAAUGCAACAUUCAAUUGCUUGGUAUUCAUGAUGCAGAUUUGUAUAAAAAUAAAAUAGUUUAUUGGGAUAAUGUUUAUGGAUUUAAGAUGUCUUCAAUGAAGAAGAAUGUUUUUGAAGAACCUUUAAUUGAAGUUGUAAGAUCUGAUUUUGUUGUAUCCAAAUCAUAUGAGCUUAUAAAUUUUGAUUUAAUGAAAGUAAAUAGAGCUCAACUAGAGUUCGAUCAAUGUUUUAUCUUGGAGUUUAUUAGUGAUGGAAUUAUGUCCGCUCUUGUUGGCUAUUUUAAUGUGGAGUUCGAUAACCAAUCAGAAACUCCGAUUAAGAUGAGUACUAGUCCCUUUGACUUGCCUACCCAUUGGAAGCAAACUGUUUUUUUUCUUAAAGAACCCUUUACUAUUAAAUCCGGAGAUACAUUGAACGGUCGACUAAUUUGUAAGCGGAAUAAAAAGGACUUUCGUGCUUUGGACAUUGCUAUAUUCUUUUAUGAUAAAAAUCUAAAAGAUAUAAUUUUUAAGCAAUAUUAUGUUAUGUCAUAGAAUUUUUUAGUUAUUUUUUUUUAAACAAUGAAAAUAAAAGCUUUUUAUUAAG